UUUUCUUUCCUGCUUCCCUUUCUCCAGCAUUCCCCAUGGAGGCUGUCGCUGCACAUUUCAAAAGCCGCACUGAAGUAUGACGCCUGGUCACUCUGUUUUAAUUUUUAGUGAUAUGUGACCAAAUUGAUUUUGCGAGAUCCAGACUGAUUGCUGACUUUGAGUGCAGACAAAGCCGGUGACUUUGGAGCUGCACUGAUAACAACACCAGAGAGGUUUCUUCAUGUCAGGCCACAGUCAGCCGGCUUGGCCAGCAAGCAGCAGCGAUGACAAUUACCUACUCCCGCAGGGUCGCUGAUGCAGGUCUGGGCACCUUCUCCCACCUGCUUCUGCGCUGGAAGGGCAGCAUCUACAAGCUGCUCUACAGAGAACUGAUCAUCUUCACUGUUCUCUACUGCUUCUUCAGUAUUGUUUAUAGGUUUGUGUUAAAUCAUGAUCAGAAGAGGCUGUUUGAGAAGCUGUCCUUAUAUUGUGACCGCUAUGCAGAGCUCAUCCCUGUGUCAUUUGUGCUGGGUUUCUACGUGACCUUAGUGGUGUCCCGUUGGUGGGGCCAGUUUGAGAGUGUGCCCUGGCCAGACCGGUUGGCAGCACUGGUGGGCGGGCACGUCCGUGGUGCUGAUGAGACUGCCAGGUUGACCCGUCGGACUCUCAUGCGAUAUGCCAACCUCUCUGGUGUGCUCAUCUACCGCUCUGUUAGCACAGCGGUCUACAAGAGGUUCCCCACCAUGGAGCAUCUUGUUCAAGCAGGUUUAAUGACACCAGAGGAGCUGAGACACCUGGAGGACUUGCCCUCCCCUCAUAACAAGUUCUGGGUUCCCUGCAUGUGGUUCGUCAGCCUCGCUCUAAGAGCUCGGACUGAGGGCCGCAUCAACAAUGACGUGGCGCUCACGGCCAUUCUCACUGAGUUGAAUAGUUUGCGAACAAAGUGUUUGAAGCUGUAUGGUUAUGACUGGAUCAGCCUGCCUCUUGUCUAUACUCAGGUGGUGACAGUGGCGGUCUACAGUUUCUUCCUGGCUUGUCUGAUUGGCCGUCAGUUCUUGGAUCCAGCUCAAGGUUACCCGGGUCACGACCUGGACUUCUACCUGCCUGUUUUCACCCUCUUGCAGUUCUUCUUCUAUGUUGGAUGGCUCAAGGUAGCUGAGCAACUCAUAAAUCCAUUUGGUGAAGAUGAUGAUGACUUUGAAACCAACUGGCUAGUUGAUCGCAAUUUGCAGGUGUCCUUACUGUCUGUGGAUGAGAUGUAUGACAACCUGCCAGUGCUUGAGAAGGAUAAGUACUGGAAUGAAUCUGAGCCCCAGCCUCCCUAUACAGCAGCCAGUGCUGAGCAUCGCAAACCUUCCUUCAUGGGUUCGGCUCUGGAUAUUAGUGUGCCAAAAGAGGAGAUGGAGUUUCAGUCCAAUCUGGAGCAGAUUAAGGAGCAUGAAGAGGCCAACUACUCCACCCCGCUGCUUGGAGGGCUGGGUCGGCUUCUGGGUGUCCAGUCGCCGAGCUUCCCUCGCUCAUCCCGGGUGUCUCUCCUGCGCCGCCGCCCCGGGGCUCCAUUAAACCGCUUUCCACUUUACCUGCAUCCAGAGGCUCCGUCAACCCCAAGCCAAAUCCGCCAGCCCCUUAGUCACGAGCAAGAUCCAGACUAUGCCUUCGCCUCCAUGCCCUUGUAUGAGAGACCUGGCUUCUACAGCUGCCCACAAACACCAAUCCACUGUGUGCCCCCUGCGGUGCCCCGCCCUCGGCCCACCCGUCGGCCACAGAAUGACUUGGACCGCAGCUGCAGCUCCCUAGCUGCACCAACAGUGGGCUCUCAGUUGCUGCCUCCAGACACCCCGAGCCACAUUCCUCCACCGCCAUCCUCUGCUUUCCCCUGGCUGUGUGGAGACAGUGAGGUGCCAAGCGCCCCUGCUUUCUCCUUCCCUGACCCUUCUCCUGAGCUCUGCCCGAUAUCGAAACUCAGACCCGGGCACGGCCUGCUGUCCCGCCGCCCUCCACUUCCCCGCCUCACUCUGGACAACCUGCCAUCAGCUGACAGCCAGCAUGGACCCCCAAGUGCUCGGGGGCUGGGAAAUGGAGGGGAAAGGGUGUUCUCAUUUACUCCUCCCUCUCGCGCUGGAGCAGCAAAUACCUCUAAUCCCAGUAACAGCUCUACCAGCAUAAACGCAACAAGCACCGCUAGCACUAAUAUUACGAGCAGCCUAUGCAAUGGAACAAGUCACAGCAACUUUAGUAACCAUGGGAAUUUCAGCACCAGCAUGCGGGCAAGCAACGGGGGUACCAACGGAGGGCUAAGCAAUAACAUGAACACAGUUUCCACUUCGGGUUCAUCUCAGCUAGAGGCCAGUCAGCAGCACUCACCCAAUGAUUCAGGAAUCUCUCUGGGUGACGGGGACCUGCUGGCAGCUUUAGUGGAUAACAGGGUGAACAAGGCUGCUGGAGGAAAGGAGCAAGACUGAGAAAGGAGGGUGCCAUGUACUGUUUUUUUUUUUUUUUUUUUUUUUUUUUUUUUAAUCUACCACAAAUCGUAUGUCUAUUUGUUGAAAAUCUUUUACAUUGUCAAGGUAUUUGAGAAUGAAAUAUCUUCUACUUGAAAUGUAUCUAGUCACAAGGCCCAUUUCUCAUGGAGCUCUACACACAAUUAAACUCAAUGUCACCACUUGAUCUCUGCUUCCUGGUAUGCUCUUGCAGAACAGUUAACCUACUAAUAAUGCAAAAAGCACCUUAUGGGAUUUAAAACGUCAACAUCUGAAGGGGAAAACAGAAAUGGUGUGGUUCUCUCAAAAUGCUGCAGCAAAUAGCCAAAAUGUCUAUACUCCAGCACUCAUUGCCUUUUUUGUGUUGUUUCCAUCAAGGUACAUUUGCCUUUAAUAAAUGUCAAGUAUCAUGUUAUUG